AUGGCUCCAAAUAGAGGCCGCAAUAGGCAAAGUGAAUUCGAGGAGUACGCCGCGACCACAGCGAAAGACUUCGACCCGGAGGAGGACAACUUGCCAGCCAACGAUGACGACGAUUCUGGUUCCGAGGGGAUUGGCGACGAGUUCAACGGCAGGGAGCAUUACGAACAUGUAGAGAAGAGCAAGCUGCGGAACCCGAAGGUUGCGCCAUUAGGUCCACAAUAUAGAGGUGCGAAAGUGGGGAGACAUGCGCUGGACGAGCAUGAGGAAGAUGACCCAUUCAGUCACGCAUUUGAAGAUGAAGAUAGCGGAGAGGAAGACGUGGCAAUGGAGGAUGAGGAUGGCAGUGAGGAUAGUGAAGAUAUGGACGACGAUCUUGCCAAUGCCACGGAUGCCACUGAUUUGAGCGAAGAAGAGGACGAGGGAGAUGAGGAAGAACAGCAGCAAUCAACGGCCAAGAUAUCGCCAAAGGACCUCGAGGAUCUGAAGAAAGUGCGGGGCGAAGAUGCACAAAAGGAUGUGGCCAAAUCUCUUGCACAGUCGAACAGGGAAGAAGCAGAGAAGGGCCGAGCAGUGAAGAAACAACGAACCACUUUCGACUCGCUGUUGAACGCCAGGAUGAAGCUGCAGAAGUCGCUCGUGGCCACAAACACCUUGGUUGGCACACCCGCAGAUGAGAUUGAAGCAGAGAGAUCGGACGCGCAGCACGCCUUAAAAGCUGCUGAGACAGCGGCAUUCAGUCUCUGGAGCUCCUUGAACAGCUUGCGUGAGGAUCUGAUUGAGGCUCGCACGGGAGAGAAACGCAAGCGCUCGCACUUUACUGCCAGCUCCAGCACGAACGAUCUUUGGGGCCACCUCCAAGCUCAGGAAAAUCAGAGCCGACCAGCGCGGGAUGCGGUACUGAAGAAGUGGUCGAAUAAGGCGCAAGGUCCGACUGUGCAAACACAGAGCGGUCGUAUCAACCGCACCGAACACCAAGCAACCAUCAUCGACGUUCUACAGGAGCAGCUUUCCAACACCGAUAGACUCAUGAAGCGCGCUCAUGCUCCGAAAUCGUGUGCGCCGUUGCAGCUCUCACGGCGAGUGAGCGAGGACGACAAGAUCUACGACGACGCUGACUUCUACGGCAUACUGCUGAAGGAGCUUUUGGAGCAGAAGAGUGCCGACUCGGUGGCUGCCUCGAAUAUCGACCUGGGCUAUCAAGUGCGAAGGGAGGCCAAGACUAAGCGGAACGUAGACACCAAAGCUAGUAAGGGGAGGAAGCUGAGGUAUACCGUGCACGAGAAGCUACAGAACUUCAUGGCGCCGGAGGAUCGGACUGUGUGGACUGAGUCGAGGGCGGAUGCGUUGUUCCCCAGUCUGUUCGAGCAGAAUAUGGGUUUGAUGGAGAAGGAUGACGACGAUGACAGGGACGUAGAUGGCGACGAUGGAUCUGUAGACGGUGCCUUGAGACUCUUCUGA